AUGGAGGAGUAUAUACAGGCUGGGGCACGUCCGUCAGAAGGUCUCGACGCAGCGAACAUCCUCGUCGGCAUCAAAGAAACCCCCCUUGAUGAGCUCUUGACCAAUGAAAUAGAUGGGAAGCCACGUACCCAUAUCAUGUUUUCACACACGGCCAAAGGCCAACACUAUAAUAUGCCUCUGCUCGCCAAAUUCACUCAAUCCUCGGCACGGCUCAUAGAUUACGAGCUCCUAACCGAUAGCCAGGGGAAGCGUGUAGUUGCUUUUGGUUGGUAUGCCGGAGCUGCCGGAGUUCCAGAAGCAUUAAAUGCUCUGGGGUUAGACUAUCUGUCGAUGGGUGUCUCUUCUCCUUUUUUGCUGCUACCGCGUCCCUACCAUCACAGUAGUCUCGAAGAACUACGCAACUCUAUGCGAAGAAUCGGCUCCAUCAUUUCCGAGCGAGGAAUGCCUGAAGCCACUGGUCCAUGCAUUAUUGCCCUUACUGGGAAUGGUAAUGUAUCUCAAGGCGCUCUAAGCCUUCUUCAGGAGCUACCGAUCAAGCAAAUAGAGGCUCGCGAUCUUGCAAAGGUUGCAACAUCCCCUAACACCCCUCGCAAUUUCGUUUAUCUGAUUCAUGUUAAACCUGAGGACUACUUGGUGGAUAUAAGGGGUGAUCCUUACAACCGGUCAACUUACUAUUCUCGACCCGAACUAUAUGUCAGCUUGUUUUAUCAAAGAAUUGCACCAUACAUCAGCCUUCUAAUCAACGGAACCGGCUGGAAACCCGGAUUUCCUCGGCUUCUUAACAACCAGCAACUCGCAGCAGCUCAGAGGCACGCCAAACGAGGGGGAAAACUUCGCUUUAGAAGUAUUGCCGAUAUUAGCUGUGACAUUGAGGGAGGUCUCGAGUUUGUUUCAAGAGCCGCUACUAUCAGCGAGCCGUUCUUUAGUGCUCGACCGAGCAACCAUCCCGACGACCUGUCCGGAAUACAGGUCAUGUCUGUAGACAUACUACCUUCAGAGCUUCCUCUCGACUCCUCGCGCCACUUCAGCAACAAAUUCUUACCGUACCUACAAAGUCUUAUCAAGGCGGAGAAAGGAAGGCCCCUAGAGCAGAAAGACCUGUCAAAUUUGGAUGUGCUCCGACGGGGAACAAUUGUCCAAGACGGGAAGCUCCUUGAACCCCAUAACUGGCUCACUGAGCGUAUGAUGCCGAUACCGAUUCCAACCAGCACCCACACGGCCACAUCGUCGACUUCAAAUGAUAGUACCAGGGCCAAGAAACGUGUUCUUCUAUUGGGCUCUGGCAUGGUUGCGAAGCCCGCUGUAGACCAUAUUGCAGCACGACCCGACGUGGAGAUUAUAGUGGCAAGCAACAAUAUAAGAGAAGCUCGUCAGCUAGCCGCACCGCACCAGAACGCCAAGGCCCUACUACUCGAUGUUUCCGAUCAAAUUAAGCUGGGAUCACUCGUUCAACAGUCUGACAUUGUCAUUAGUCUGCUCCCAAUGCCGCUACAUGCGACAAUAGCGGAACAUUGCGUCACGCAUCAAACGCAUAUGGUAACUGCCUCUUACAUCUCGCCAGACAUGCGCAAGUUGGAUGAACGUGCCAAAGAAUCUGGUGUUCUACUUCUCAACGAAAUAGGACUAGACCCAGGUAUUGACCACUGCUCCGCGGUGGAGCUGUGUGAGGAUAUUCGCAAGAUGGGACGGAAACCUGUCUCCUUUCUUUCUGUCUGCGGUGGCCUACCGGUACCCGAAGAUAGUAAUGUCCCACUGGGGUACAAAUUUUCAUGGAGCCCACGAGGCGUACUCACGGCUGCUCUCAAUGGCGCCAAAUUUCGUUUGAACAGCCGGAAUCACGAGAUUAAACCUGGACACUUGCUCAAGGCUGUUAUCAAAGAUAUCCCUCUACGAACCGGUCUGGCACUCGAAUGUCUUCCGAAUCGCGAUAGCUUUUCGUACAGCGGAACUUAUGGUCUUGAAGAUCCUGACAAGCUCGAAUCAAUGUUCCGUGGUACGUUGAGGUACAAGGGAUUCUCCUGGCUCAUGGAUGGAUUUGCGACUUCGGGCGUGCUCGACCUGACAGACCCUAUGAACCUCAAUGAGCGUGGCGGCUGGUAUAGUUUUCUCGCUCAGACGUUGUCUCGCGUGACGGGAAUCCGCGUGAAGAAUGACAAGAGCGAGAUUUCUUCAGCUCUGAAAUCCCUCAUGACAGAGCACCAAGCGGAAGCACUACUCGAAGCAGCAGAAUGGCUGUCCAUUGUGCCGCCAUCAAGUCCGGCGAGUUUGGAUCUACCCCUGGUUCAAUCGCAUCCAACCCUUCCUUUGGAUCUUUUUGCACGACUCUUGGCCCACAAGCUUCGCUAUCUUCCUGGGGAACAGGACUCGGUGAUUCUCUCGCACGAGGUCAUAUCCAGACCAGCUAUGCUCCAAACCGAUUCGCGCCACGACGAUGAUCUCGUCCACACCUCGACUCUGAUCCUCAGACAACCUGACGCUGAAAGAACAGCCAUGGCCGUUACUGUAUCAGUUCCUUUGGCAAUCGCCGCCUUGCGUGUCCUCGACGGCCAUGUCCAGACUCGUGGGGUUGUAGGGCCAACCGCCGAUGCUGCAAUUUACCGAUCUAUACUGCAGGAUAUGGAAAGUUCUGGUAUCACUAUGAAGAAGGAGACGCAUCCGCGAAGCAAAGGCGGCAGCCUCACGUCUCGACUGAUGGUGCCAUAG